ACUGGGACAAAAGAGUGGACUAUGAGCCAGGCACAGGCAGCAAACAGCUGUUUCCCAAGAUGAAUCUGGAGACGUGUGGAGGGCUUCUCUCCUCAGUGAGGACCACGGUAGAGCUACAGACCAGCCAUAUUGGGAAGGGCUGCGACCGGGAGACAUACUCUGAGAAGUCCCUGCAGAAACUCUGUGGGGCCUCGUCGGGCAGCACAGACCUUCUCCCCGCCCCCAGCGCCUCCACCAAUUGGACGGCGUCCCUGGUGACGGACAGUGAGCGAGACAGCGACCUCAUCUUCCGGUUUGACGGGCGGCAAGCGGCGAAGAUUCCGGACCAGGUGGUACCACAGAACCUGACUGAUCAGUUCACCGUCGCCACGUGGAUGAAGCAUGGACCCAAUCCUGGACUGAGGGCGGAGAAAGAGACCCUGCUCUGCAACUCUGAUAAAACAG